AUGACUGGCUACCAAGUGGAAUAUCAAAUGAUUGGUCAAGGAGGAGAACCUGUACCUAUUUCGAAGAUGUUUUCAGAGUUGGUACUACCGAACAUGAAGUCUUUUGUACUAAACAACCAGUCAGUUUUUACCUCAUUCAAGUUUAGGAUUGCAGCCGUGACAGAAGCUGGUAUAGGAGUUUUUAGUGAAGAAGUUAUCGGAGAAACUUGUCGUUGCGAAAAAGGAUUCUCAACAGCGUUGAAAUCGACUGCCCUCGAUGAAAAUGGAGUGCUUCGUGAAAUAAUCACCGAUGUUAUCGAACAAUCUUGUGGCCAAUGUCGGGAUUACGGCAAAACGCAACUUAGGAUUGUAGAGAAAAAUAACCCAGAAUCAGAAGUGAGCUUCCCCGUCACGGCGAGUUCAGUACGAGUCAGUGAGUUCAGCAAAUACAUAGCUGUGAUUCAAGUGCCAGGGAUGUUGGUUAUCAAACGACGAAAUGAUAACCCUGGGAUGUACCAGAAAGUUUUAAAGUCGUCAGUCUUCGAUAACUGGCCAAUAUUUGUUUUCGCUCUCUUGACUAUGAUACUUGCUGGGAUGAUCAUUUGGAUUCUUGACUUUAGUGAGAAAGGAGACUCCUUUCCGCGCUCGUUUAUCAAAGGAGUAGCAGAAGGAUUCUGGUGGUCCUUUAUAACCAUGACGACAGUUGGUUACGGAGACCGCUUCCCAAAAGGCGUUUUGGCAAAGGCAUUUGCUAUUCUGUGGUUUCUGGUUGGACUUAUUAUCUUCACAUUUUUUGGCUCUGCGGUAACGGCACUGAUGACAGUUACUGUAAUCACAGGGGGCCCGACUUUAACGCAAACAAAAACAAAGGUAUCAGCUGUUGCUAAUUCUACUGAGUUCAACCUCGCAGCCAAAACUCUGAGCGGAAAAUGGGAGAUCGGAAAACCGUAUGGCACCAUUAAGGAUCUUGUUAAUGCACUACGAUUUGGUAAAACUGACGCCAUUUUUGUUGACAUGUAUUUGCCGACGAAGAGACCAGACUGGUUCAAUGGUUCCUGGUAUGAGGUGGAACACAUUGUUGAAACUGAUAUGUCUUACGGAAUUGUUCUCCGAGGACAAGCUAUGAAACUGCACAGAGCUCUGAAAGAUUUGAUUAGACAGAAUAAUGUGCAAUCCAAAUAUCUUACUUCUGGGGAUGAAACUGCGGUCGUCGCACCUGUCCAUUCCCAUGAUACAACGUUCUUUGAAGUCAACAGUCCUUUCUUCAUUGUGACAAUCCUUGCAAUAAUUUCCAUGUUCAGUUGUGCCGUUGUCUGUGGGCUCAUGUAUGAGAUUCUACGUCGAAGAAGGGAAAGGAAACGUGCAGCUUUGUCAAAAAGGAACAAAGAAGCCUUGUCCUAUGAGCUUCGCGAAGUGGUCCAAGCAUUUAGAGAUUCGUUCUCAGCCAGAUUUUCCGCUAUGAAGAGAAAACACAAGAGACAACUGAAAUAUCUGAGCAAGAUAAGGGGCGGACUUACCUGUGAAACUUACCUGUGA